AUGGCGAAUAUUGUUGGAGGUGUCCAAGGUACUGUCAAGGCAUGGGUUGAGGCGAGAGGUAUGGGCUUCAUUACACCGGCCGAUGGCAGUGCGGAUGUCUUUGUGCAUCGUAGUGCAUUGGUGGACGGCAACGCUCUGGUGGUUGGAUCCAGUGUGAUUUUUGAGUCUGGUUGGGACGAUGCCAAGAGCAAACCGAUUGCCACCAAGUGUGGUGGAGCAGUGGGCGCAACCAAUGGCAGUGUACCUGGGUCUCCCACGCCAUUGCCCAAUGGACAACCGGGCACUGUUAAGGCUUGGAUAGAGAAUCGUGGUAUGGGCUUCAUUACUCCGGCAGAUGGCAGCCAGGAUGUCUUUGUCCAUCGGAGUAAUUUGGUUGAUGGAAAUAGUCUCGUCACCGGGGCACAGGUGAUAUUUGAGGCUGGCUGGGACGAGCAGAAGGACAAACCCACUGCAAAAGCAGUCACUGGAGCUUCCACAAAUCUUGGUGGUCCUCAAUCUGGUCAUCCGAUGGUACCAAAUGGACAACCUGGCACUGUGAAGGCCUGGAUCGAGACCCGCGGUAUGGGCUUCAUCACUCCUGCGGAUGGACGUGAUGACGUAUUUGUCCAUCGCAGCAAUUUGGUUGAUGGCGACUCCCUGGUGGUGGGAGCACAAGUGAUCUUUGAGUUGGGCUUCGAUGCACAAAAGGGCAAACCGAUCGCCAAGGCCUGUGCUGGUGCCGUGCCAGGCCAGGGCGGACCUCCGCCGGGCAUGGCUUAUGGAGGCGGAGGCAUCCAGACCGGUGGUAAGGUCUGGUUUGCGGACAAAGGAUAUGGCGAUACUUCCGACAACUGCUUUGUCUCCGGGCUUCCGCUGGACAUCAACGAGACAAAACUUCAAGAAAUCUUUGGUGCUUAUGGCACAGUGGUGAGUUGCAAGGUCUUGCCGGGCGAAGGCAGGCCCGACAGAGCUGCCUUGGUGCGCUUUGGGUCCGCAGAUGAAGCAAAGUGGAUUGUGCAGAGAGUCAGUGGAGAAACCUUGGGUUUGCCUGGUCCCAUUAGUGUGAAGUUUGCGGCUUCGAAGAUGACACCAGGACAAGCUGGACCAGGUGGGAAAGGCUAUGGUGGCAAAGGCUUUGAUGGCAAAGGCUUUGAUGGCAAAGGUUAUGGUGGUAAAGGCUAUGGCGGCAAAGGUGGCGGCUGUGGCCCUGGCUACGGCGGUUGUCCUGGGAAUCAAUUCUCACUUCCUCCAGGGCGUGGGGUGCAAGCUGCACGACUUGGAACGGUGAGAGCUGUUCUGGGAAGCAGCCUGCUCGUAUCCCCAAGUGAGGGCGGCCUUGAUGUUUCCGUCCCGAGAGAAUUGCUGCUGGAUGGAGACCCACAGAUUGGUGGCUUGGUGUCAUUCAGCGCCAGCACUGGCGCAGAUUACGGCAGGGCUCCUCAAGGUGGCAUGAACAACAGGUUCUCACCCUACGGCGCUGGUGGGGGCAAUUUCAAUCCACAGAGAGCUAUAGCAGGUGGGCAGCAGUCCGGCGUUGUCAAGGCCUGGAUGGAAAACAGAGGUAUGGGCUUCAUUGCUCCAAGUGAUGGAAGUGCAGACCUAUUUGUACACAAUUGCUUAGCCGUGCCUUCGAACGAGCAAACAGCCAAGGAUCCGCAAAAGGGCAAGCCAAUCGCCAAAAAUGUCAUGGGGACAAGCAAACAAAGUGCCAUCCCACAUGUGUUCCGUGAGUACGAGCAAACAUGUGGCAGUGCUCUGGACAGUGUUGUGAAGAGGUUGGAAGGCAUUGGUAUUAGUCCCAUUCGGCGUCGCAGCGUCGCAGCGUCACGGCACCGCAAAGACACGAAGACGCGAGCAGCCCCCAGCGGCGUGGCAGCGUCGCAGCGUUGCAGCGUCGCGAAGAUGCGAGGAGACCCCAGCGACGUGGCAGCGUCGCAGCGUCAUAGCGUCGCGAAGACGCGAAGACGCCAAGACGCGAGGAGACCCCAGCGGCGUGGCAGCGUCGCAGCGUCGCGAAGUCGCGAAGACGCGAGGAGAUCCCAGCGGCGUGGCAGCGUCGCAGCGUCGCAGCGUCGCUACACCGCGAAGAACGAGAGCAGCCCCCUCAGCGGCGUCGCAGUGAUCACGGAGUCCCUCGGAGGCCAAAGUGCCAGCGCAGCCGUUGCCAGGAACAAGAGAUCAGGUACUGUCAAGGCAUGGAUUGAGGCGAGAGGUAUGGGUUUCAUUGCACCGGCCGAUGGCAGUGCGGAUGUCUUUGUGCAUCGUAGUGCAUUGGUGGACGGCAACGCUCUGGUGGUUGGAUCCAGUGUGAUUUUUGAGUCCGGUUGGGACGAUGCCAAGAGCAAACCGAUUGCCACCAAGUGUGGUGGAGCAGUGGGCGCAACCAAUGGCAGUGUACCUGGGUCUCCCACGCCAUUGCCCAAUGGACAACCGGGCACUGUUAAGGCUUGGAUAGAGAAUCGUGGUAUGGGCUUCAUUACUCCGGCAGAUGGCAGCCAGGAUGUCUUUGUCCAUCGGAGUAAUUUGGUUGAUGGAAAUAGUCUCGUCACCGGGGCAAAGGUGAUAUUUGAGGCUGGCUGGGACGAGCAGAAGGACAAACCCAUUGCAAAAGCAGUCACUGGAGCUUCCACAAAUCUUGGUGGUCCUCAAUCUGGUCACCCGAUGGUACCAAAUGGACAACCUGGCACUGUGAAGGCCUGGAUCGAGACCCGCGGUAUGGGCUUCAUCACUCCUGCGGAUGGACGUGAUGACGUAUUUGUCCAUCGCAGCAAUUUGGUUGAUGGCGACUCCCUGGUGGUGGGAGCACAAGUGAUCUUUGAGUCGGGCUUCGAUGCACAAAAGGGUAAACCGAUCGCCAAGGCCUGUGCUGGUGCCGUGCCAGGCCAGGGCGGACCUCCGCCGGGCAUGGCUUAUGGAGGCGGAGGCAUCCAGACCUGUGGUGGUACUAUUAAGGUCUGGUUUGCGGACAAAGGAUAUGGUUUUAUCACCUUGGACAACGGCAUGGGAGAUGCCUUUGCCGGAAGUGGUGCCAUGCCUCCUGGUAUGAUUCCGACAGAUGGUUUGCGUAUCACUUGCUCUGUGCAGUGGAACAACGAAAAGCAGAAGUACACAGCAGUUGAGAUCUUUGAUGCUUCGAAAGGGAAGGGCAAAGGUGGCGCGCCAGGCGAUACUUCCGACAACUGCUUUGUCUCCGGGCUUCCGCUGGACAUCAACGAGACAAAACUUCAAGAAAUCUUUGGUGCUUAUGGCACAGUGGUGAGUUGCAAGGUCUUGCCGGGCGAAGGCAGGCCCGACAGAGCUGCCUUGGUGCGCUUUGGGUCCGCAGAUGAAGCAAAGUGGAUUGUGGAGAGAGUCAGUGGAGAAACCUUGGGUUUGCCUGGUCCCAUUAGUGUGAAGUUUGCGGCUUCGAAGAUGACACCAGGACAAGCUGGACCAGGUGGGAAAGGCUAUGGUGGCAAAGGCUUUGAUGGCAAAGGCUUUGAUGGCAAAGGUUAUGGUGGCAAAGGCUAUGGCGGCAAAGGUGGCGGCUGUGGCCCUGGCUAUGGCGGUUGUCCUGGGAAUCAAUUCUCACUUCCUCCAGGGCGUGGGGUGCAAGCUGCACGACUUGGAACGGUGAGAGCUGUUCUGGGAAGCAGCCUGCUCGUAUCCCCAAGUGAGGGCGGCCUUGAUGUUUCCGUCCCGAGAGAAUUGCUGCUGGAUGGAGACCCACAGAUUGGUGGCUUGGUGUCAUUCAGCGCCAGCACUGGCGCAGAUUACGGCAGGGCUCCUCAAGGUGGCAUGAACAACAGGUUCUCACCCUACGGCGCUGGUGGGGGCAAUUUCAAUCCACAGAGAGCUAUAGCAGGUGGGCAGCAGUCCGGCGUUGUCAAGGCCUGGAUGGAAAACAGAGGUAUGGGCUUCAUUGCUCCAAGUGAUGGAAGUGCAGACCUAUUUGUACACAGAAGCUAUUUGCAAGAUGGAGGAUCACUUGCCCUUGGCUCACAAGUGACAUUCACGGCGGAAUUUGAUCCGCAAAAGGGCAAGCCAAUCGCCAAAAAUGUCAUGGGUGCCAUACCUCAGCCGCCUCAAUAGGACGAACCUUGGUUGCACAGAAGUUGCAGAACAUGUUGAAACCUCGCGUACCUGCGCCCGGCUCUACUCUACUUUUCGCAUUCAUGCGUGUAAAUUGCACUCGCCAAGAAAGAGAGAGAGAGAGAGAGUGAACAGCACCGUCAAGACCUGUCGCAAACAGAAAACGAUAUUUGCCCGGCGUUGUAUAACUUGGCCAUAAUUUUGGAAAAUUGCAGGUUUAUGAAGCCAGGUUGGGUGUUGGACUGGACAUUGGUUGAUAGGGUGUGAGACAUUGGAUCCAUGACCCAUCAUAUCCCGUGGUUGAUGCUUUGUGCCUGUGCACCUUUCGUAUCCUUUCGUCCUUGUUUGGCUGUUAUUCUUUGCCAUUUGUGCUUGGCAGGUAACCUGCCAGACUAACAAGCUGGGUAUCAUCGGACAAAAA